CUCACUUCUUCCCUCCAUUGGCCUCCCCCAUCAUGUCUUUCCGGCCAAUGCUGAAGCAGCGGGCUGUGGCCCCCAUCGCGGCCACCCUUCUGGCUGGCGGUAUCGCCCUCUACCCCCGGCAGACGGCUUUUGCAGAGGAGCCUCGCGAUGCUAAAAAACCCAUCUACGAUGACUUCCCGACCGAGAUCCCGGCCGUCUCCAAGCCCGUCGUCUCUCCGGCCCCGACCACCACCACCCCGGCAGCUCCGGUGUCCACUCCCUUCUCCUCUCCCUCUUCCCCUACUCCCACCGACAUCCUGACCGCUCAGGUCCGUCAGGCCCGUCUCUUCCUGUACGAGAACUCCCUGGCCGUCGAGACCAAGUUCAACAACUUCCUGUCGCGUGCCCUGCACAUCGAGAACGCCUUCGCCAACACCGUCGCCUCCCUGGCCCCGUCGCCCGAGUCCGGCGAACGCCUGCUCCCCGGCGGAGUCUACGUCGUUGUGGCUGCCAUGGCCGGUUCCAUCGUGUCGCGGAACCGCGGUAUCCUCCUGCGCACGGCGUCCCCGCUGGCCUUCGGUACCGUGGCUGCCUGGACCCUGCUGCCCGUGACCAUGCGCAACGUGUCGGAUCUGGUCUGGGAGUACGAGAAGCAGGUGCCGGCUGUGGCGGACACGCAUCUGCAGGUGCGCGAGAAGGCUGAGCACCUGUGGUACACGGGGAUUGCGCACAGCGGUAUGGCGCGGGCCAUGAUGGAGGAGAAGAUCGGAGAUGUGCGGAAGAAGUUGGAGGAGGUGGUGAGCAAGGGUCAUUAAAUUGGCCACUGCGUCAGUGUUUUAGAAUGGGUUGAUUUGAUCUAGUUCUUGCAUAUGUAUUUUAAGUAGACGAAUGAGCGUUUACUAUGCAGUUUUAGGAGACAGAGU